AUGUGCAAAAUCAUCUACUACCGCCUCACCUGCUGGCACCACACAAAACCCCACAUCACGCCCUGCAACGCCUUCUUCCUCAGCACCACGCGCGCCGGCCUCACCAAACCCCGCUGCAAAGCGCGCACCGACGCCGAGAACCGGCUCGUCAUCAACCUCGCCUCCGCCUGCCGCGAGUGCGAGACGCUAGCUUGGAACGAGCGGUCCGGGUGGAAUGAGAAGUUGCGCCGCGCUGAGAAGUUUCUGGCGGAGAUGAAGAGGGGAGGGGUGAGGAGCGAGGUUUUACGGGUUGUGAGGGAGUGUGUGGGGAAGUUGGAGAGGGAACAUGCGGAUGAGGAGUGGAAGGUUCAGAGGACGUUUGCGCCGAUUUUGUCGAGGGGGGAGGGGGAGGUGGGGGAGGUGUGGUGGACGAGGUGGCGGGAGAGGAGCCCGGAUGAGGAGAGGUAUAGGGAGGAGAGGGAGGAGGAGGUUAGGAGGUGGCAUGCUGAACCGACGAAUUAUAAUUUUGCAUGGUGGAAUGAAGAGAGUGGUGGUGGUGGUGGUGAGGCGGAUGGCGAGGGGAGUGCGGCAGUGGGUGGGGAUGGGGACGACAUUCCAAAUGAGGUUGCCAACGACGUUCCGAAUGACCUUGCAAAUGGAGACGCUUAUGCUGACGAACAAGAGGAAGGAGGUGAGCAGCCAGAAUUCAACGGCAACUUCUUCGCUCCCGGCUGGGGUCCCGAUAUCGAUGGCUGGACCGGCGAAGGCGACGACGGAGGCGGAGGGGGAGGCGGCGGCGGAGGAGAGUAUGCAGAGCUGACGUUGAAGGAGGCGGUUAAGAGGUUCUGGGAGGAAAUCAGGAGCGUCGAUUUCGAUGUGUAUCUCGAGGAGUCUUGUGCUCUGCGUUCGGCAUUUGGGAAGUGA